AUGAUGAUGUCAUCCUCAAUAUCAUCGUCGACGACUCAAAAGCAUCAGCAGCACACCACUCGACUGCUUUCAUCCUCGUUAUCUUCUUCUUCUUCUUCUUCUUCUUCUGGCGGCUUCCGUCGUCGUCUUUUUUUAUCUGAUGGGAGCCGACGGCGCAAAACCAACAACAACAUCACGACGACUUUGAAAGCGUCGUAUCCCUCUUCGUCCGUAUCCUCGAGUAGUUUCGUGGAUACUUCGGACGCGGAGAACUACGACGUCAUCGUCGUUGGCGCCGGGCACGCCGGGUGCGAAGCCGCGCUGGCGAGCGCACGCGUUGGCGCGCGAACACUUCUGUUGACGUUGUCGCUCGAUAAAAUAGCGUGGCAACCGUGUAACCCGGCGAUAGGCGGACCGGCGAAAUCGCAAGUCGUGCACGAGAUAGACGCGUUAGGUGGGAGCAUGGGGAAGAUUGCAGAUAAGACGUACUUGCAAAAGCGAGUGUUGAAUUCCAGUCGAGGCCCAGCCGUGUGGGCGCUUCGAGCGCAGACGGAUAAGUGGGAAUACAGCAACGCCAUGCGAGAAGAAGUGGAGAGCAACGAGAGAGUGUUCAUUCGGGAAGGGAUGGUGACUGAAUUGAUGGUGAACUCAAACGACGAGUGCGUUGGCGUUGAGACGCACUUUGGGAUGCAGUUUCACUCGAAAGCGGUGGUGUUGACGACUGGAACGUUUAUGAACGGUAAGAUUUGGGUCGGGAGGAAAACGAUCGACGCCGGACGAGCCGGGGAAGGCAGUUCGGUUGGAUUGACCGAGCACUUGAUUAAUCUGGGAUUUGAAACUGAUCGAUUGAAAACCGGGACGCCGGCGAGAGUGGACGCGAGGACGAUUGAUUACACCAAGUGCGAGGAACAAAAAGGCGACGAGGACGCCAAGUUUUUUUCCUUCGAUCCGAGGAAUCAUUUGGUCAUUCCGCAAAUGUCCUGUUAUCUAACCAGAACGACGCUGAAAACGCACGAAAUUAUUCGCCAAAAUUUACACGAGACGCCGACAUACGGCGGGUGGGCAAGCUCGAAAGGACCGAGGUAUUGUCCUUCCAUUGAAGAUAAAAUUGUAAAGUUUGCGGAGAAGGAGUCGCACCAAAUUUUCCUCGAACCGGAAGGUAGGAAAGCGCCUGAAAUUUACGUUCAGGGGUUUUCCACUGGGUUACCGGAGCGAUUACAGUUGGAAUUAUUGAGAACGUUACCAGGAUUAGAGAACGCAACGAUGAUGCGUCCGGCAUACGCGGUGGAGUACGAUUACUUACCGGCGCAUCAAUGCACGAGAGAUUUACAGACGAAAAAAAUCGCCAACCUGUUCUUCUCUGGACAAAUCAACGGCACGACCGGGUACGAAGAAGCCGCCGGGCAAGGUUUAGUCGCGGGUGCAAAUGCAGCGGCGAAAGCGUUGGGAACGAAACCAUUAAUUUUGGAAAGAGAAGGCAGUUAUCUCGGGACAUUGAUUGACGAUUUAGUGACGAAAGAUUUGCGCGAACCGUACAGAAUGUUAACGUCCAGAUCGGAAUACAGAUUAGCCUUACGAAGCGAUAAUGCGGACGCGCGAUUAACACCCAUAGGAAAAGAGUGUAACUUAAUCGACGACGAGCGCUUCAAAAUGUUCGAAGAUAAAAGGGAUACGAUUGAAAACGAGUUGGCGAGAUUGAAAAAAUUUCGAUUGAAAGAGUCCUCUCCGCUCGUCGCCGCUGCGUUGGAACAAUCCAAAAAUCUCGGCGCGGGCGGGAAGCAGUCGUUCACGUUGGAAGAGCUUUUGAGAAGACCAGGCGUCACGUACGACAAGUUUGUCGAAUACAAACGAGACGCUGGAAUCGACGAGAUUCCGAGACCUCUGACAAAAUGGGAAGCCGAGUGCGUGGAAAUUCGCGUCAAAUUCGCCGGUUUCAUCCAAAGACAAAAAGUACAAAUCGACCGAGACUUGAGCAAACACGGGAAAGAAAUUCCAUCGGAAAUCGAUUACAAGGACAUCCCGAUGAGGUUAGAAGCGAGAGAAAAGCUCGAAAAAGUGCGUCCGUCGACGAUUGGCCAAGCCAGUCGCGUCGGAGGCGUCACGCCGGCUGAUAUUAACAGUCUCUUGAUCCACAUGGAAGUCUUACAUCGUGAGAAAGAAAAAGCUCCAUAA